AUGGACAUUGGUUCUGGGUUUUUUAUAGCUCAUACAGGUGCUACAGUUGCACUUUCCAAAGGGCCAAAAUCAAACUCCAAAAUCCUCCUCUCGAACUUGGUCGUAUUCACUCUUGGAAUAGUUAGAUGGAUUGCUACAAUGUAUGUAGACUACAACGUAGAUGUGGAGGAGUAUGGAAUCCACUGGAACUUUUUCAUAACAGUAGCCAUAAGCAGGAUGGCUUGUGAAUUAUGUGCAAAGUAUUUUAGUAGCGCGAUACUCGCUUUCCUUCCAUUUUUACUAUCAAUUUCUUACGAGGCCAUUCUCGUGAAAUUUAAUGCAAUUGAGACAUUUGCAAAGAUUCCAAGGACGGACAUUUGGAGCGCAAAUAAGGAAGGCUUGGUAUCUAUUCCAAACGCCCUCGUCUCCUCUUUGGUCAUUUACAAUCUCACAAAACUUGUAGCUCCAAUAUAUCGCAAAGGAAAGGUCCUCAAGUCUUCUCUGGUUUUUAUAGGAGCUGCUAUUGUUAACAUUGUUUCCUUGGUAGUGUUAGACAGGUUCGGUUUUGUUAGUUCCAGGAGCUUGAACAAUCUCCGCUACUUGCUCUAUACACUUGGCGUUGUUUACAUAAACAUGGGUUUGUGUCUACUAUUUGAGUAUAAAUUUGGAGGUGAGUUUGUCCUUUUGUCCAUAGAGUCUCGUUUAGGAACAUUUAGAAAAGGCUCUCUGGUUUAUACCUUUGGGAAGCACUCCCUAGUUAUAUUUCUCAUCGCAAAUCUAGCUACAGGGUUUGUAAAUAUCGUCAUGCCGCCGUUUUUACUACCCCUUGUGCUCUUUGUACCAAUUUUGUUGGUCUACGUUUACGGAUGUCAGUGGAGUAGUGUAAUAGGCGAUGGGAAGACGGAGAAGAAAGGCGAAUUAAGGAACACCGAGUCGACAAGUACAAUAAAGGCAAACAUUUCUCAGUUUUUAAAGCCAGAGAAUCCACCAGUCCUCUUUGGAAUUGACAUGGAUGGGACUUUUUAUACGAGCAACAAGGAGGCAUGGGAGAAGAAUACUGAAGCCUUUGCAGCCGUCAGAAGGAGAGGCUACGUGCCAUUUUUAUGCACAGCAAAACCACUUGGUCUAGCGAUUAAGCGUCUUGGAGGUCCAGAGUUUGUGGAAAGGACUGGUUACAAGGGCUAUCCUGGAGUCUACAAAAAUGGAGCUCUCGUGUAUGAUGAGAAUGGCAGUGUUCUUAGCGUACAUGUUUUCCCCAAAGAGUUUUUACAGGCUCUCCAUUUGUUCCUCGUCGAAAAUGGGCUUACAGCCAAUGUCAUAUUCUACAACGAAGAUGACGCCUUUUCACUUGCACAAGACAAUGAGAUCAUCAGGACUUAUCCGGGGAAAUUUAUAGUCCCGAGAUUCACAACGUUUGAGGAGCUCCUCAAGAAGAACAUCGUCAUGAUGAAAUACGCAAGUUUUGAACUAAAUGUUCCAGAGUUCAGAGAUGGCAUUGACUAUGUUGACAAGGUAGACAUAAAUGGAACUCACGAUUUGAGUCCCCCGGGAGUUACAAAGGCGAGUGCUCUAUCUACUCUUAUAAACCACUAUGGUCUCUCUUCCAAAGAUUGUGGGUUCAUAGGCGAUGAUAAGAACGAUGUCGAGGCUAUGGAAUUGGUUGGAUUCUCAUUUGCAGUUGGAGACGCAAAGGAUGAAGUUAAGAGACACGCUAAAUGGGUCAUGGAUAAAGGUCACGAUGAGGGAGCAGUUUCACAAGCCCUUAAACUCACAUAUGGGCUUUAA